AUGAUGUCAAAGAAGAUUCCCCAGUGCUCUGCUCUGGAUCAGUCAGAGCAUGAUCAGCCUCUCAGCCAUAGUCAGGUUGACCGGUCCGCAAAUGCACUGGGGUCUAGGAACCAAGCUGAAUCAGGUCAUAGAAAUGGAGAGACGGCGUCUUCUUCCCCAGAGAGCGGCAGCUUGAACGGAGACGGAAAGCGCAGCGGGAAAAGCCGCCGCCGCAAGAAACGUUCAUCCAAUCCCGAGAGUCGCUCUGAGGGGAAGGUUGACACUAAGACCAAGAAUGGCGAGAAGCCAGACAAAAGGACCAGCCAGCCACCAUCUGACCCCCGCACCGGGCUGAUUGGCCUGCAGUCUGAGUGUGCUAGUGUUUGGUUUGACCGCAGCGUCUACGAGCAAGCCGAGAGCCUCUACCAGUGCUGGUUGGCGAGCUCCUCCAGCGGGACCACCAAGUCAAAGCGGUCGCCGCCAGCCCCGGGGAAUCUCUCAAACACUCCAUCCGCUGCGGCUCCAUCUUCCUCAGGACAGGUGUGCCACCAUGGCGAUCAGGUGGCCUGCCACCACGUUGUCCAGUCGGUGUGGGUGAACAAGACGACCUUUGACCAAGCAGAGCGCCGCUUUGUUAUAGAAUCCGUGCAGCCGCCUAUUCCAAACUCUCUGAACCUUCCAUCUCCGCCUAACCGCUCCAUUGCACCCAGAACACCUGAUGAAGGAUAUCAGUCUCUAGCCCCGACACCUGCAACCCCUGUCAUCCAACAAGCAGCUGUCACGCCGACCGGUCGACAAUCGAUUAACGGGCUGCCCCGCAUCCCCGUGGAGCUGCUUAGAGACGUGUGGCUGGAGAAGCCGCUGUAUGACCGCGCCGAAGCAGCCUUCUACCAGAAUUUGUACGGCAACAGUUCCUCCAAACGCUCCAGCUGCGCCUCCACUUCCAGAAGUAGCGACCACCCUCAAAGCCUUGUAGAAGAGGAGGAGGAGGGGGAAGAAGAAGCCGAGGAAGUGGCGGUGGAGGAAAAACAUGUGGUCCCGCAAGGUAAAGCAGAAGUCUUCCACGCUCUGCUCCCUAUUCAGGAGGAAGAUGAGCCAGCUGAGGUCUUGGAAAAAGAAGUUUCGGGGGCUGGAGUCUGCUUCUUAUUGUUUUUUGCAAGGAGGGGGGGAGGGGGUGUGGUGUUUGGACUUCAAAUCAUUUUCUUUAAGGAUGUUGGCGCUAACAGCAUUCUGCAAGACAUUGCUCGGGCCCGGGAGAACAUCCAGAAAUCUCUAGCAGGACUGAAGACAACACUGUGUAACAGAGGGUCUGGUCAGCCUUCCCUGAGCCAACAGUCCCAGCUUAGCAGCAGCAGUGCAGCUGAUCAAGGAGAAAUCAUCUGUCGCAUAAAGAGCCUGGAGCUGGAGAACCACAGCUUACACAAAGUGGUGGAUGAUUUGAGGGCUGCACUUUCCAAACUGGAAUGUCGGGUAUCCGUUCUGGAGAAAUCUCCUGCAGCUGUGACCCCUGUUACCACUCCUUCAGUACCCUACACAAAUGGCACUACUGUCCAGCAGAAGACCAGCGCCCCGGUUAAAGAUGAGGAGGAAGAUGAUGAUGAUGAUAUUGACCUGUUUGGUAGUGAUGAUGACGAAGAGGCAGAUAAACUCAAAGAGCAGAGGUUGAAGGAGUAUGCAGAGAAGAAGGCCAAGAAGCCAGGCAUCAUCGCCAAGUCUUCCAUCUUAUUGGAUGUCAAACCUUGGGACGAUGAAACUGACAUGGUGAAGCUGGAGGAGUGUGUGCGCUCGGUGCAGGCGGACGGCCUGUUAUGGGGCACGUCCAAACUGGUUCCUGUCGGUUACGGCAUCAAAAAGCUCCAGAUCGCAUGUGUGGUGGAGGACGACAAGGUGGGAACGGACAUGUUAGAGGAAGAGAUCACCAAGUUCGAGGACUAUAUCCAGAGUGUUGACGUAGCAGCUUUCAACAAGAUCUGAUUCCAGUGUGUCUCUUUGUGUCUUUCGUCACGCCUUGUUUCUCUGCUGAUUGUGUCAAUGGUUAAUAAAAACAAACUCCUGCACUUGUU